CCUAGUAACUUGAAUGUAUCAGGUUCUUCUAUGACUUUGAAAUCAAUUAUGUCCAGGAGGUUUGCUCUUCUUGCUAUAAUUGUUAGUGGAACAAUUUUUGUUUUUUGGUUAUUAAUUCUUGCGGAAGAGGCUCUUUU